UGGUGCAGCGCCGGCAGGGGCCAGGAGGGGGAGCUGCGGAGCAGGCAGUCUGUGGGGCAGAAAGGCUGCAGGAGCGCAGGGUUUCUGGUGAAUUGUGGGCUGAGGGCCUGAGGGGGGGCUGCUGGGGGCACCCAGGUCUGGGUGGGAGGCCCAGGACGCAGAGAGGCUUCCGCUGCCCAGGUUCUGCCCUCAGAGGAGGCUGAGCGUCCACAAACAGGCCGGGCCUAGCUCCUGGCCCUGGCUGUGUGGCCUAGGGCAGGACUACGGCUUCAGAACCCUUCCUGACCCCUGACCUCUGCCUCAAGCUGACCCUGGCCUCUCAGGCAGCCCUUCUGGGCAGGCUUCUGCCCCCAGAGCCCGGGCCUGGCUGGGCAGGGGCGGGGGGCUCCGGCCUGAGAAGUUUGGGCCCUCUUGCGUGCCGUAGCCGGGCACCUUCCUGGCCGGGCAGGGAAGGAGGCCUGGGGCUCCAGCCUGGGCUGGGCUGGGCUGGGCUGGGCUGGGUGAGGGGCAGUCCUGCUCCAAGCCAGGUUCCCAGGGAUGUGCUGGGGUGGGGGAUGGAGUGGGGCCUGGGCCGGGGCGGCCUGGCAGGCAGAGCAGGGUGAGCCCUGUGGGCCUCAGGCCUCAGGAGCCAGGAGGCCUGAGCGCAGGCUGGGUAGGUGAUCCAUGGAGGCUGGAGGAGGCCCCAGGGGCACUGGACAUGGGGGACGAAUGCCCCAGGUGCCGUCUGUUUCCCCGGGCAGCUCUGCGGACAUGGAUGUGUUCCAGAAGGUAGAGAAGAUCGGAGAGGGCACCUAUGGGGUGGUGUAUAAGGCCAAGAACAAGGAGACAGGGCAGCUUGUGGCCCUCAAGAAGAUCAGGCUGGAUUUGGAGACCGAGGGGGUCCCAAGCACCGCCAUCAGGGAAAUCUCCCUGCUCAAAGAGCUCAAGCACCCCAACAUUGUCAGGCUGCUGGACGUGGUACACAGCGAGAAGAAGCUUUACCUGGUGUUUGAGUUCCUCAGCCAGGACCUGAAGAAGUACAUGGACUCCACCCCUGCCUCCGAGCUCCCCAUGCACUUAGUGAAGAGCUACCUCUUCCAGCUGCUGCAGGGGGUGAAUUUCUGCCACUCUCAUCGGGUCAUCCACCGAGACCUGAAGCCCCAGAAUCUACUCAUCAAUGAGUUGGGUGCCAUCAAGCUGGCUGACUUUGGACUGGCUCGAGCCUUCGGGGUGCCCCUACGCACCUACACCCACGAGGUGGUGACACUCUGGUAUCGCGCCCCCGAGAUCCUCUUGGGCAGCAAGUUCUACUCAACAGCUGUGGAUGUCUGGAGCAUUGGUUGCAUCUUUGCAGAGAUGGUGACCCGCAGAGCCCUGUUUCCUGGUGACUCUGAGAUUGACCAGCUCUUUCGUAUCUUUCGGACCCUGGGGACACCCAGUGAAGCCACGUGGCCAGGAGUCACCCAGCUGCCUGACUAUAAGGGCAGCUUCCCCAAGUGGACCAGGAAGGGGCUGGAGGAGAUUGUGCCCAGUCUGGAGCCGGAGGGCCAGGACCUACUCAUGCAACUCCUGCAGUACGACCCCAGCCGGCGGAUCUCAGCCAAGGCCGCCCUCGCCCAUCCGUACUUCUCGUCCACGGAGACUUCCCCAGACCCCCGCCAGUGUGUCCUGGAGCGUUUCUGCCGUUGAGAACACUCAAGGCCCCCGCCUGAAAGCCUCUCUCCAGCUGCUGCCCCAGCUGCCUCCCCACCCACUUCCCAAGAAAGAACAUAUCUGGGGAGAGAGCAAAACUCUAAGGAAUUUGGCAUUAGCCGUCAGAGGGCUGAGUUUGGGUUAGUCCUGCCAGCAGGUUAGCGAGUUCCUGUGUUGUUUAUUGGGUUAGACGGUGACGUUUCAAGAUGGGGGCACAGAAGCUCUGUGCACAAGGGGGUAUGUUAGAGACUGGGCCCCCUGGCACUGGAACAACAGGUACCAAGGAGAGCAGGAAGCCUGUCCUGGCUGCCUCCUGGUGCUCCUCACCUCCCGGGCUCUCAGCUGCCCGGCCAGACCCUGAGGGAAAGGGUGCCCCCUGCUGGUCUUUUUGGAUUUAAAAUGUUUGGGGGAAGAGUUGCGUUAAGAGUCCCAAGUUAAACAGGGAGCAAGGGGAGGGAGAGACAGGAUAUUUUCCUGAUCCCAGGGGAGGUCGAGAUGUGUGUGGCUGUUCUAAGUAGUUGUCUCAUCACCUAGGAUUUGCUCACAUUUGUUUGCCUCUGGCUUUAAGAGCAGGAAAUAAAAAUGACACAUUCCUGAG